CGCGGGCUGCCGGGAGCUGCGGGGAGCCGCUGUUUCAGAAACCAUGAAUGGAAGAUCUCAAGUCCACAUUUUUUGGGGGGCUCCAGUUGGUCCAUUGAAAAUGACAGUAUCACUGGAACCACCUUGUUUGACAUCCACUGCUGACCCCUGGAAACAAAUUCAAAUUUUAUACAAUCAACAUUAUUUACAGCUGAAGGAUAACAAAUGCAAGCAUAAAAACCUUGAAGACUCUCAAGUUCUAGAUGCUGUUGGCCUUCCAGAUCUUCCUAAUGGUCAUUUCUUAGCAAACUCUAUGACUACAUCCCUUCAUGUGAAUGGCGACUUUAUACCUUGUAUUUCUGAAACACAGACUAUAAAAUCCCAGAUUUAUCCCUGUGGGAUGAGUGGUAUAACUAAUUUUGAUAUGCAAGAAUGUGGAUUUAAGGGCCCAGCUCAGCAUUUAACUGAAGAAGACAAGUAUCAAAAGCUUUUCAGUGAAAGGAAAACAAUCACAGAUGAACAACAAAAAGAUCAGUCUGAUAUAUGUGGUCAGAACUUUAAAAAGUAUUCUUUUCCGUUAGCUAAUAAGUGUGUCACUCCGUUGGAUUCGGUCUGUAGUCCUGAACAGAUUAAUGCAAAGCCAGAAACUGUCUGGACGGAGUCUAUACCAACAGAACGUCACGAAUCACAGCGCCCAUGUCUUGAGUUUCCCUCCAACACAACAGAUGAGCAAACAUCUGUGGGAACAGCCGAGAAGGUUUCAGUGUCUACAGAUACUGAAUUUCUCAGUAUAAUGACUUCCAGUCAGGUUGCUUUUUUAGCUCAAAACAAGUAUAAAGGACUGAAUUCUAUGAAUGCAGGGACCAUAAACUCGGAGACUGAACCAAAGUCAAGGCAGGGGGAAAUAAGAGUAACUGAAGAUAAUUUGAUUCAACCUGAUGAUAAUUUUGCAGAAAAAGGUAAAAGUGAAGAAAACCAAGCAUGUUCCCUUGAGCUUUUUAGUCCUGUUUGUCCUGAAACGGAAAGCAGCCACAGUUACAUAAACUCAGCUAAAUGUCUUGAAGAAAAUACAGGGUCUCAAAAACUUUCCACUUCUGAAGAUAAACUGCCACCAAAUGAAGUAUGUAUUGAGUCCUGUAACUCAGGAAUACUGUGUUCCCAACUAAACACCUUCCACAAAAGUUCUAUCAAAAGGAGUUGGACCUCUGAAGAUAAAUUGGGUCUUUCUAAAUCUCUCUCUAAAGACCUCCAGAUAUCUAAGAAAGUUAAGUUGAUUUCUGAUGCAAGAGCUCCUGCUAUAGGUCUGACUGUAGCAGUGGACCAGAGGAAGGUGUCUCCAUUUAAGAGUAUUAAAAAAACAUCUUUAAUAAAAAACUGUGAAUCUGAAAGUCAGAAGUAUAAUUGUUUAGUCAUGGUGUUAUCUCCAUGUCACGUGAAAGAAAUAAAUAUAAAAUCUGGACCAAAUUCUGGCUCUACAGUGCCUUUGGCAACAAUUGUAGUAAUUGACCAAUCAGAAAUUAAGAAGAAGGUUGUCCUGUGGAGGACUGCAGCAUUUUGGGCACUUACAGUGUUUCUUGGAGACAUAAUAUUACUCACAGAUGUUACUAUUCGUGAGGAUCAUUGGCUUGGUGAGACAGUACUACAAUCAACAUUUACCAGUCAGUUAUUAAAUCUUGGUUGUUAUUCGUCUGUCCAGCCUAAAGAAUAUUCCAAAGUGGUUAGUGAUACUGUACUUCAAGAUUUAUUGGCGUAUGUGUCUUCAAAACAUUCCUAUCUCAGAGAUCUUCCUCAAAGGCAGCCUCAGAAAAUCAACAGUAUAGAAUUUGUAGAAUUGGAGCAGCUUCAACCUGACACAUUGGUCCAUGCGGUACUAAGAGUUGUUGAUAUCAUUAUAUUAACAGAGGCAUUAUACAGUUAUAGAGGACAGAAGCAAAGGAAAGUUAUGUUAACAGUGGAACAGUCCCAAGGUCAACAUUAUGUGCUUGUAUUAUGGGGGCCUGGAGCAGCUUGGUACCCUCAGCUUCAAAGGAAAAAAGAUUAUAUUUGGGAAUUUAAAUAUCUUUAUGUUCAGCGCAAUUGCAUCCUAGAAAACCUAGAAUUGCAUACAACAUACUGGUCAUCCUGUGAGUGCUUGUUUGAUGAUGAUUUAAGAGCAAUUGCAUUUAAAGCAAAAUUUCAAAAAAGUACGCCCUCCUUUGUGAAGAUGUCAGAUUUAGCAAAACACCUAGAGGAUAAAUGUUCAGGAGUCAUUCUAAUCAAAGCCCAGAUUUUAGAGCUAGUGUUUCCUGCUACCUCAGCUCAGAAGAUAGUUCUGAAUGCUCACAGUUCUCUGAAGAGUAUUUACUCUUCUCUUUCUGACAUUAUAUAUACCGGCUGUGCAAAAUGUGGAUUGGAACUAGAAACAGAUGAGAACAAGAUCUACAAACAGUGUUUUAGCUGCUUGCCAUUUACUAUGAAGAAAAUAUACUAUAGGCCAGCUUUAAUGACCAUACAUGAUGGAAGAAAUACAAUUUGUGUCCACGUAGGAGCAAAGCUGAUAGAGAAGAUUCUUCUCAACAUUCCUCCUGACUACCUCAACAGAAUUAUAGCCCCUUCCUCAGGGAUCACCUAUGGCAUGGUCACGGCAGAUUUAUUCCACUCCUUGUUGGCGGGCGGCGGGGCACCUUGUGUCAUGAAGGUGCAGAGCCUUUUUGUGCUAGAUGAAAACAGCUACCCAUUGCAACAAGAUUUCUCCUUACUGGAUUUUUAUCCUGACACCGUAGUAAAGCAGACAUCCUAUGCCCUUCCUGAGACCAAUGAAGAAAUUGCAGGCACUUCACAGAAGAAAUACUGAAAUGACUUGUCUCUUGAAAUAAAGGGAAUGGGACUUGAGUUUUUAAAUGUUUUAUAAAGAUACUUGUGCUAAAUAUGUAAAUUAAAACUAUUUUU